AAUUUUACUUAUUUUAAAUGUCAGAUAAAGUGAUUAUUUUCUUUACAGAUGAUUGUGUUAGAGAUUAUAAUCAGUGCCUUGAUUGUAAACAGCUUCAAAAACAUUGCAAUAAGUGUUUUUUAGAAGAAUAUUAGGCUUUCCUUUGUUUAAAUUUAUACUUACAAGUAGCUACAAUUCUGGCUGUGUUUUUUGUGCCCCCUCAAAAAUUACUCUUGAGAAAUGUUUGUGCCCCCCCCCCCCAUAUGAUAUUUACGCCUAUAAAACUUGACCAACUCAUGUUUUACAACGCUACAUCCUUAGUAAAAAAAUAAUAUUGACAUCAAUGUUUAUAUUUGCGUCUAUCACUAUGAUUAACAUUAUAUGGGAAUAAAAUACGGUCUUGACUUCUGUUGUUUGUUAAACAGACACUCUGCAUGUGAGCAGAAUAUUUUUUAAACUUGUAAAUAAAUGUGAUCGUCAAUCUAAACAUUAACAGUGUGAAUAAAUGGACAUAUCUCAGUAAAUAGUAGCCUACAGUAUUACAAUGUUUGCAUUCCUGUAAGAUGUAAGAUCCUGUACCAUCUGCUUUCUGCAUCUGCAUUCCUGUGCAUCCGUAAUAGUGAUCAAGACUAUUGUUGGAGAAUAGUCGUCAGACUCAGAUCACAGUAUAAAACAAUAAAAACAGCCAAUUCAUCACCCCUUUAACCUGCAUUUAAAAUGUUUUCACUUCUGCACUUUAUAUUGGGGGAGGUGGCAUUGUGUAGAUUGUGUAGAAAGGGAGGCCUGCUGUAUUAGACUUUGAAAACCCCUGAUCUAGUUAAAUGAUUUCAUAACACUGUUUAUGAAAAUACAAUGAUAGUGCAAUUGGUGGUCCGUAACAAUGGCUAAUGAUUAAACAUGCUUGAGAUCUUUAACACUUAACCAACUUUUUCAGUUUUCUUCGGAUAAAUCCACCCUGAACCAGUGUCAGCUGAGACAAACCUUCUUUUGUGAAAUUUGAGACACUCUGCUGGUUACAUAACAGACUGAGGCCAUUGGUGAAGAAAGCAUCUUUGAAAUCAUUAGCAUUUCUGAAUAUCAAAGACCUAAAACCAUCAUCAGCUAAGUACUGACAGUGUUGCUGAGGAGCAUGGCUAAGCGUGUUGCUGUGAUUGGAGCAGGCCAUGCUGGGCUUGUCUCCAUCAAAUGUUGCUUGGAUGAAGGUCUGGAGCCGGUGUGUUUCGAAAGCAGUGAUGAUAUCGGUGGACUCUGGAGAUUUAAGGAGACACAUGAGGCAGAACGCACCAGCAUUUAUCGUUCUCUAGUAGUAAACACCUCUAAAGAGAUGAUGUGCUUCAGUGAUUUCCCGAUGCCGGAUCAUUUCCCAAACUACCUGCACAACUCCCUGCUCGUGCAGUACUUAAGACUGUACGCUGAACACUUCGGCUUGCUCAAACAUAUUCAAUUAAAAACUACAGUAAGCAGUGUGAGACAGAGGCCGGAUUUCUCUACCUCUGGUCAGUGGGAUGUGGUGACCGUGGACAGAGAUGGACGAGAGGAGAAACACGUGUUUGAUGGUGUUCUAGUGUGUACAGGACAAUACACACAACCUAACAGACCCCUCUCUGACUUUAAAGGUGCAUCUGAUAUAUUUAAUAGGAUUCUCCACAGCUGGGAUUAUAGGGAUCCUGAUCUUUACCAUGGAAAGAGAGUUGUGAUUGUUGGGAUUGGAAAUUCAGGUGUAGACAUUGCUGUGGAGCUCAGCAGAGUGUGUGAGAAGGUGUUUCUAAGUACCCGCACAGGGGCGUGGGUCAUAGGUCGCAUGUCAAAUAGAGGGCAUCCUGUGGAUUUGGUGCUGGUUAAGCGAAACGUGGAUCUGAUGUUUCGCCUUCUGCCUCAAAGUUUGUUGAACUGGAUUGGAGAGAAAAUGCUCAAUCAGAAACAUGACCACAAGUUUUAUGGACUACAGCCGAAACACAGAUUUUUUAACCGGCGUUCCAUUGUCAGCGAUGAGCUCACAGGUCGCAUUUUAAUGGGAGCCCUGGUGAUGAAACCAAAUCUGCAAAAAAUUCAAGACUCAACAGUCGUAUUUGAUGAUGGGACGGCUGAAGAGAAGAUCGAUGCUGUGAUCUUGUGUACAGGAUAUAAUUACGCAUUCCCCUUCCUCCCCACCUCCUUAAACUCUGGUCCUGAUGGAGAACUGACACUCUACAGAAGAAUCUUUCCCCCAUCUCUAGAGCGUCCGACAUUGGCCAUCAUGGGUCUGUUCCAGUCCAAAGGGCCGAUCAUGCCAGCUGUCGAACUGCAGGCACGCUGGGCCACCCGAGUCAUCGCAGGGUUAAACCAUCUUCCUUCAAACCGAAAAAUGCAUGAAAUUAUUGAAAAGGAACGCAGAGCAAAUUUAAAAUGUUACGCUUGUCCCAAGGAGGCUGUCCUUCAAGUGAAUUAUAUUCCUUAUCUAGAUUUCAUGGCAAAGGAAGUGGGUGUCCGACCAAACAUUGUUUGGUUACUUCUCAGUGACCCUGCUUUGGGUUUGAGGGUUCUUUUUGGUCCCCUUACGCCCUGCCAGUUUCGUCUACGUGGACCAGGACAUUGGAGUGGUGCUCGUCAGGCUAUCCUUACAGUAUGGGAGCGUGUGGCCAAACCCAUGAAGACACGCCCCAUUCCAGACCCAAAAUCCAGCAGUUUGUUAUAUUGGAUGGGCGUUGCAGGAGGUGCUGCAGUAAUUGUGAUCAUUAUGGUAAAACAAAAGAAGAUUCCACAUUUUCUGAGAAUCAGUUAUAUUGAGACAGCCUUAUUUGGACAAAAGUAAGAGUUUAGGGUAACACUUUACAAUAAAGUUGUAUUAGUAAACAUGAACAAAGAUUAAUAAACGCUGUAGAAGUAUUGUUCAUUGUUGGUUUAUGUUAUCUAAUGCAUUAAUUAAUUGUUAAGAAAUACUACAUCAUUGUAAAGAGUUAUCAAGUUUAAUUUACUAUUGAACCAUAGAUCUGUCUGUGUAUUAGCACAUGUACUUUGAUUUUUUUUAACUGAUUAAAAUCAUCCUGGUAAACAUU